AUGGCUCCUGUUGUCACCGCUGACAUCUUCUUGUUUGAGGUCAGAUGUUUCCCUCUGCUGUACAGGAAAGACCUCUGUGAUGUGACACGGUCAGCAGCCGCCCAACCUUUCCCGCCCCUCACACCGGACUAUGUGGUUCUGGAGUGGCCGGCCACCUUUCCCUCCCCGUACUCUUCCUACUCCCUCCGCAGGGUCAAGUCGCUCGGUCGAAGUCGGACUCUCGAGGACUUUUUGGAGACGCUCAUCCUUCGCAGCAGCCACGAUGGUUCGCAGUUUGUGCACGGUGGUCCCGCUGGUGCUCUUCAGCCUCUUGGUGGCCUUCGUGCACACAGUGCCCAGCCGGUGCCUGGUUUGGGCCUGGCUGGUUGUUACUGGUUGCAGCCUGCCGCCCUGCGUGACCGCACAAGCUGCCUUUUGUGCCCUCGGCUGAAGGCCUCAUUGAUGGCUGAGCUGGCGGCGGGCCUGGGCCUCCAAACCUGCAGCCAGCUACAGAACAGGAAGCGGCGCACGGCUCCGAGUCAACACAGCGAGACAGCCAGGGACAACCAGGACACCAUGUCCGGAGAGCCGCCCAGCGACGUCACCACCAGAGUCCCCUUCCGGGACAUGACGGAGCAGUCCUUCACCUACGACUACGAGGACGCCACGCACUCCAACGCUCUGGACGAGGAGGGAGUCCUGGGGCCGGGCGCCAUCACAGCCAUCGUCAUAGCGGUCUUCCUGGGAGCGUCCGUCCUCAUCGCCCUCAUCUGCAUCGCGCUCCAGAAGUUCACCGCCUCCUAGAGCGGACACGUCCCGUUUUGUGUGUUCGUGUGUGUGCAUGUGUGUGUGUGUGUGCAUGUGUGCGUGUGUGUGUGUUUGUACAGCACGAGUGUCUGCGUGUUCGUCUUGAGCCCCGAGUGUAAAUCCGUCAGCUCUAAACUUGCCCGCUCGUCUGUCUUUCAAAGCCGUCUGUGUGUUUUUUUGUUGCUUUGCUGUAGAUGCUGAACACUGUGGCAGGUCCCCUUCACUGACUCUUUAGUAAACACUCACGUCGUUGCUCCACUCGUUAGAAACUGGCUGGUUCCUCCAGUGCACUCGUAGCUGUUCUAAUGUUGCUUUGUUUUGCAAGAUCUCGCGUGCAUGCUUUGGGAAAUGCUCACAAGUUUUGAAGUUUGUAUUACGCCAUUAACAAACAUUUGUAGAGUCAAAAUAAGAAGAGAACUUUUUUUUUUUUUUUCUUCAAUGAAUGUAAACAGCAGCAGGGUUAUUUGUACCUGCAGACCAAACAUGAAGGUAGAAGCUUGGACGAAUGUGUGUUUGCACUCAGUUCAGUGUUUUUUCUUUUUUUUUUUUUUUUUUUAGCAGCUUUUCUGUUUUGUUCUGGCCCUUCAGCCAUACAGCUGCAUGUUGCCAUGGUAACGUCACUCGUCCAGUUUAAGUUGAACAAAUAAAUAAAUCCGAUGCCAAACA